CACCGGCAUGAAGCCACCGCAGCGGCGGCGAGCGAUCCCGAGGCGCUAUCUGGUUGAGGUGACUGGCCCCGCGGCCUGGAGAGCCAGCGAAAAGCGGCAGCUGUUACGACUACUGCAGGCGCGACAGGGCCAACCAGAGCUGGACGCCGCCGAGCUGGCCCGAGAGUUGCCAGGCCGGAGCAAGACCGAGAUCGAGGACUUUCUCCGGCAGCUCAAGGGACGAGUGGCCCGGAAGGCCAUUCAGAGGAUACAUCCAGGUGGCCCAAAGGGUCCAAGGCGCUGGGAAACACAGACCCCAGCCCCCAUCGAGGUGUGGAUGGAUCUGGCUGAGAAGAUAACAGGCCCACUGGAGGAGGCGCUUACUGUGGCUUUCUCACAGGCGCUCGGCAUCGCUGCCACGGAGCCCAUCAACCUCCUGCACUCGGUGCCCACCAAGCCCACGCAGGCUUGCGGGAAACUACUGCCCCUCAGCGCCCCUGAAGGACAGGAGGACCUGGGUCCUGAGGCUUCCAGCCCCGCCCCCAAGGCCUCCGGAGGGCAUGAGGUUCCUGGCUCCACCCCCAAGACGCAAGGCCCUGUUCCUGAUGCAUCCUCCGAGUCCCUGACUGGCCAGUCUGCUGAGGGAGACUUUUCUGUGGACUUUGAGAAGAUCUACACGUACCUGUCAUCCAUCUCCCGCGGUGGCCAGGUCCCUGAGCUUUCCGCAGCUGAGUCCGCUGUGGUCCUUGACCUGCUCAUGGCGCUUCCUGAGGAGUUGUCCCGUCUGCCCUGCGCCACCCUGGUUGAACACAUGUCGGGUAUGUACCGACAUCUGACGGCCCCUCAGCGUGACCUUGCCAGUGGGGGCCUGGCGUCCAGAACUGAGGAUAGCGGGGCAGGUUCCAGGGGUCAGGAGGAGACUGGCCAGGCCACUCCUCAGGCCCCCGAGAAUGCUGGCUCCAGCCAGCCCAUAACCUCUUGGCAAGCGGCUGGGGUGUGCCCCCUGAACCCGUUCCUGGUACCCUUGGAGCUUCUGGGCCAGGUGGCAAGGUAGGGGCCUGGCAGGCAGGGGAUACUCCAGACCUCGGUGAGCCCCCAGACCCUCAAUCCUGCUUGGUCUGGCCCUGGGUUGUCAUGAGGCCCUUGCCACAGUGGAAGUUCCCUGAGGCAAUGUGCAGUGGCCUUAACAUGCUUGAUACAGUGGGGGUCUCAGAGACGGAAGCCCAAAUGUACAAGGAGAGGUUCAGCCAUACAACUGGCUAGGCUAACACCACCGUCAAAUAUUUCCCCUACUGGUUCCUCAUCCCCUUCCGAAGCUCAGUAUCCCGUGUCCUGUAAUGGUGAAUAAAGUUCUUGUCAACCCCCCUGA